UCUGAUCGCUCCAAAUUCUCCAAUCGAAUUUUUGACAGCGUUGAUAUUUAAAUUAGCAAAGUUUCAUCGGACUUCCAUAUGUUUUUAUAGAUUUCUUUAUAUAAUUAAUCAAACGUGCCAUUAACAUGAGUACGAGUACGAACAGCAUGAAAGUUAGGAUCGUAUGGCGCGUGUUGAGUUGUGUAAACGAAAAUUGCGAUGUAACAGUGUAAAUGCUCUGCUAGACUGCUAGAGUGUUCCGCGAUCCCACUAGUAAACAUCCAGCAUCCUGCAACGUUCAUUCUUGAUUACAGGUAAAAACUGCCGACUUCCUAGUAGGAAGUUCCUACUGGUUGGCUACCGACGGUUCAUGUUGUUGUGCUACUUCUGGUUUAUUUAUUUCAUACGGUGGGGGAUGUUAUCAUUGUUAUCUGGUUGAUUCUGCGCCUUCUCGGUCCUCGAGUGCAGGAUAUCGUUCGACGAUGAUCACAUGUUGUGCUGUUUCUGGUUUAUUUGUUUAAUACGGUGGAGGAUGUUAUCUGGUUGAUUCGGCGACGUCUGGGUCCUCGAGUGCAGGAUGUCGUUCGACGAUGAUCACAGUGACGAGUACGAGGGCAGCAUCAAGCCCUUCUCCUUGGCCAACAUUCUCUUUGGCAAUAUCGAUGAAGAUGGGCAGUUGGAGGGGGAUUAUCUGGAUGCGGAUGCCAAGCAGCAUCUGGGGAGUCUCGUCAGAUCCAGUCGGACGUUGAACUCCUUGGCCAACGAUAUUCGCGACGACACUGGCGAGGAUCGUGCAGCUGAUGUGGACGACGAAGGACUGGUUUCUGCGUCCCCGAAUGCAGUCGAUUAUUACGAUACGGACGACGUGGCUGUCGAAGAGCGAUCUGGCGACGCGACUGUGAGAUCUCCCCAACAAACCAAAUCACUUUCGACGGAUAAUGGCGUACCACUGUCGUCAGCAUCGUCUACAGCUUCCCCGGAGAGUGAUAUCUAUGCUGCGUUCGAUGAGCCCAUCAGCGCCACCGUGCACGCUCUCGUGGACAAAGUAUGUGAGAACGAUCCCCAUGGCGUACCCCUUCCCAUCUCCCCGUCCACCGCGGACACCUCCGACCCCACGGCCGUCGCCGUGGCGUCUAUUCUGGAGCAGUCCGCGUCCAAGUCCUCCCUCAACACGCCGUUAGCGUCCGUGCUCCCCCCGGAACUGGCUAACAUCAAAAUCAACGACAUCUUCCCCGAAUUCCAGCCGGACGUGGUGCUGCGCUUCUCUCGAUUGUUCGGCCCCGGUCGGCCCUCCAGUCUGCCCAAGCGCUGGACCAGUUAUCGCCGCAAGGGCGAACUGUUGAGCCCUGGGGUGCCGGUCGAGGAGGAAACGGCGGAGGAAGACGAUGCGGCCCGGUUGGAGCGGCUGUGUAACGAGUUCUGGCCGAUCAGUCUGCCGAAGCCCGUUCCGAAGGUGGUGCCGAUUGAGGUGGUGCCAGAACUUCCGGUGGUGGUGGAGAGUAUGGCGGAUGUGUCGAUGGAGAGUGUGGAGUCGGAGAAACCCAAGAGAUUGACGGUGGAGGCCAUUCCGCCGUGGCGAUACGGACCAGCGCAGCAUUGGUACGAUGCGUUGAACGUCGAUCCCACCGGGGAGAAUUUCGACUACGGUGCGUCCACACGGAAGCGUGAUUCUCGCCCGGCCCCAAUUCCGGUGUACAACGGUUCCAGGGGCAACUCCAAACUGGAGGUGAACGACGAAGCCUUCCUGAUGAUUUCCCUGACCAACUGGGAGCAGAAUAUCAUCUGGGAUGGGACACUGUUUAAGCGGGAUGUGGAUAAACUCAUGUCGGAGAAGCGCACGGAGGCCGGCUGGAUUCCCAAUACGACGUAUCGCACGGCGGCAGCGUUUCUGUCCCACGGGAAGACAGCCAACGGCCAGCAGGCAGCGCCGCUCGAUCUCAGGAAGGAAUCCAUGUUCCCGGCCGUUAAUGAUGAUCUGAUCAGUGGAAACUGGGAGAAGCACAUUAUUUGGGAUGCGGAUAAUAUUGAUGACCUACCGGAACCCGCGGUCUUGACGCUGGAUCCCAAUGACCCCAACAUUAUUUUAGAAAUCCCCGAUGAAGAAGAAUGCGAAACAAUGGUCCCUGAACCGGUGGUGGCGCAGACGAAGGAGAAGAAGGACAUGCAAAAGCGUUCCCGGAUGGUGAUGGGCAAAGUGGGCAUGCUGAAGGAACCGGAAUCCCCCAAGACCCUGGAAGAGCCGAAAAACCAGUUCAAGGACCCGUUCAACCUGUCCAACGACGAAUACUACACCCUGAAAACGGACGAAGGCCACCUGAAGCCGACCACCGGCGCCAUGGCCAUCCAGCACUCCAUCCCCUCCCUGCAGAUGUACCAGUACUUCUUCCCCACCAACAUCAGCCUCUCCAAGAACCGCCAGUUCCACCGCAACGCGCUGAAAAAGUACUCCAACGGCGUGAUCAUCACGCCCGGUCCCCAUCCCGUGGAAUCGCUGAACCGCAACAUCAAGAAGAAGGAAAAGCAGCGGCUGCAGGAAGUGACGGCCAGCGGCGGAGGGGAGAUGUUCUUUAUGCGCACCCCCGAGGAUCUGAGCGCCCAGGAUGGCGAGAUGGUCCUGGCGGAGUACACGGAGGAGUAUCCGCCGCUGAUCAGUCAGAUCGGGAUGGCGACACGCAUCAAGAACUACUACAAACGGAAACCGGGGAAGAAUGAGGAGGAGCUGCCCAAGUUUGAGUUUGGCGAGUUGGCCUUUGCGUACACCUCGCCGUUCCUGGGGGAUCUGGAUCAGGGGCAGAUUCUGCAGACGUUUGAGAACAACAUGUUUCGGGCGCCGAUCUAUCAGCACGCGACGCCGGUGACGGACUUCCUGGUGAUCCGCACCCGCAAUCGGUAUUAUAUCCGGGAUAUUCGCGUGACGUUCACGGUGGGGCAGGAGUGCCCGUUGAUGGAGGUGCCGGCGCCCAAUUCCAAGAAGGCCACCAAUUUCGCCAGGGAUUUUCUGCAGGUGCAUAUUUAUCGGCUGUUUUGGAAAAGUGCCGACACACCCAAGAGGAUCAAGGCGGACGAUGUGAAGAAGUUGUCCGUGGCGUCCAGUGAGAGUUCUGUCAGGAAACGGCUAAAAUUGUGCGCGACAUUCCAACGGAGCGGCUCCGAUUCAUUGUGGUGGAUGCUUAAACCGGAUUUCAGACUACCCAGUGAGGAGGAGAUUCGUGCUUUGGUUAGCUGCGAGGACUACUGCGCGUACUACAGCAUGCGAGCCGCCGAGCAGCGUCUGAAAGAUGCCGGUUACGGAGAGAAACUGAUCCUGGCCACGGAGGACGACGGCGACGAAGAGCAGCAGUCCAAGAUGGACGACGAAAUCAAGGCCGCCCCGUGGAACACCACCCGCGCCUUCAUCGCGGCCAUGAAGAACAAGUGCAUCCUGCAGGUGACGGGGGACGCUGAUCCCACGGGCCGCGGCGAGGGUUUCAGCUAUGUGCGCAUCAACAACAAAAUCCAGGAGAAGGACGGCCCCGCCCCGCCCAAACGCAUCGUCACCGGCACCAACGCCGACCUGCGCAAGCUGUCGCUGCAGAAAGCCACGGAGCUGCUGCGCAAGUUCGGCUGCCAUGAUGACCAGAUUAAAAAACUGUCGCGCUGGGAGGUGAUCGAUCUGGUGCGGACGUUGGGCACGCAGCAGGCGCGGGCCGGCAACGAGGAGGAGAUGAGUAAGUUCGCCCGCGGGAGUCGGUAUUCGGCGCAGGAACAGCAGGAGAAGUACAAGGAAGAUUGCCAGCGCAUCUUCAAACUGCAGAACCGGGUGCUGGCCAGUGAGGAGGUCCUGUCCACCGAUGAGGAGAGCAGUGAGGAGGAGGAGGAUUCGGAUAUUGAGGAGCUGGGCCGCAAUCUGGAUUCCUUCAUCCAGAGUAAGAAGACCAGUAAGGAGCUGCUGCUGGAGCGGGAGGAAGAGGAGCGGAAGGAGCUGAAGAAGCUGCUCAGUCAGGAGGAGGCCGCCGCCAAGGUGAAGCAGAAGAAGAAAGCGGGGAAGAAGAAAAAUGCCGGGGAGGAGGAGAGUAAGGAGGCGGAGGAAGGCCCGCCGCAGCCGGUGCGCAAACUGAAGAUUGUGCGGACGUUUAAGGAUGUCGACGGGAGGGAGUUCGAUCGCACGGAGUAUGUCAGUCGGCCGGCGCUGAUUGAUGCCUACAUGCGGCUGAAGGACACGAUGGACGAGGAUCUUAUCAAGCAGUUUGCUUCCUUGGAUUCGGAGAAGAAAGAUGUUAUGCGCAAGGAUAAGAAACGACUUCAGCUCCGAAAAGCGAAAGCUGCUGAACCAAACGAUGAGGUGGACGCCACGACAUCCGACGGCGCUGGUCCCUCCACAUCGCGGAAACCGAAGAAAGACAACAUCUCCAAAGUGCGGUGCAGCGCCUGCGGCGGCGUGGGCCACAUGCGCUCCAACAAAAUCUGCCCCAAAGCCGGCGAAUCCUUCAACGUAGCCAUGACGAAGGAGCAGGAGGAUCUGCAGUUUGGCAACGCCAUCGAGGACAGCGGCCUAGUCAAGGUGGAAGGCGCCAAGAUCACACUGAAGAAGGAGGUGCUCAACCAGACGGAGAUGAUCCGAAAGAAGGCGCUUAUCGUCAAGAUCCCCAAAACCCUGGCCGACUCCAGGGAUCUGGAUAAGAUCGAGAGCAAGGAAGCGCGUAAGGAGCGGAAGGAACGCGAGAAACUGGAGGGGAAGCGGAAGCGUAAGGAAAGUAUGCCGGAUUAUCUGGAGAAGCCGCGGCUGACUACGGCGCGCCGCCGCAUCGAUCCGGUGGUCUCUCUCGCGUCCAUGCUGGAGGACAUUCUCAACGAGAUCCGCGAUCUGCCCGGGUGCGAUGACUUCCGCGCGCCGGUGUCGUCCAAGAAGAACCCGUAUUAUCUGACCAAAAUCACCACGCCGAUGGAUUUGAGUACGAUGCGGCGGAAAUUGAAUGCCGGACAGUAUAAAUCGCGGGAGGAUUUCCUGGCGGAUGUCAGUCUGAUUGUGUCGAAUUGCGCGACGUAUAACGGCCCGGAGCACGCGUUGACGGUCAGCGCCAAGAAGAUGCUGGACACGUGUCUGCAGCGCUUUGGGGAGCGGGAGGAGCGCUUUAAGAAGCUGGAGAAGCUGAUCAAUCCGCUGCUGGACGAAGAUGAUCAGGUGGCGUUGAACUAUCUCUUCCAGCAGAUUAUUGAGACGCGGCUGAAGACCGUGGAGAAGUCGGUCAUCUUCCAUACCCCGGUGAAUCGGACACGGAAUAAGGAUUACUACGAGUUCAUCAAGAACCCUAUGGAUUUCGAUACGAUGCUGCAGAAAGCCAAGAGCGCCACGUACCGCAGCAUGGAGCAGUUCCUGGGCGAUGUGGAGUUGAUCUACCGGAAUUGUGUGCAGUACAACGGGGAGACCAGUGAGUAUACGCGGGUGGCGGAGGAGAUUGUGCGGGUGGCCAAGCGCGCCGUGGAGGAGGAGGCCGGCCGGGUGGCGGGACUGGAGGCCGGGGCGGCGGCCGACCGCGACGCCAUGGAGACCGAGUCGGUGGGCACGGAGUCGGAGGGACGCGAGGGGAAGAAGCUGGACGGGAUGUCGCUGUUGGGGGAUCUGGAAGACAGUACGCGGGCUAGUGCCAUGUCCGAUAUGGGAGACGAUGAGGUUAUACAGGAUACGCCGGCAUCCCCAGACGGCAGCUUAUCGGAUACGCGGGAUGUGUUCGCGCCCAGCGACGAUCUGCGUCCCGAGAUGGAGGAUGAUGAGACCGGCUCGAAGAUUACCGACACACCCACGUCGCCGCCCGCGCCACAGAAGUUAACCCGCUUAUCCAUGGUCAGCACGUACUACGAGGACGCCCGCACCGGCUACGACGAUGAGUCGGAUCACGGGGAUGCCCUGAUGGACGUGGAUGGGGACGAGCAGCGGGUCAAAGCGGAGGAACACUCAUUGCAGCCGUCCACAUCCGCGCCUGUGGCGGUGGAGGUACUGGCCAAAGAUCUCGACGUGUCUGAUUCAGAAUCGGAAGGCGGAGAAAAGCCGGGAACGGUGGAGAAGACCAAUGUGUCGCAUGCAGAUGAAGACGAUGAUGGAUUGUGGUUUUGAUUGGUUUCUUUUUUAACCGCGUAGUAGCGACCGAAAGUGACCGUAAAUAAUAUUCAUGUCCGGUAGAAUGAUAUUCAUGUGCUGAUGUGCGAACCGCUCAAAGUGCGUGCUUGCUUUAGUCAUUUAUGGCAUUUUUUUAUUCUUUAUUGUGCGGCUUUUCUUACUGGUCUUGAAAUUAUUGUGCGGCUUUUCGUACUGGUCUUGAAAUUUAGUCUACAGUAUUAGUUUCCAUAAUAGGUGUUGCAGAAUAUUGACGCACGACGUCGCACGUUGAUUGUAAAUAAAACCGGAAAGA